GAACACUGUUCAAUCUAAUCUACAUAACAUUGAUUUAAUUCAUAGUAUAAACGCCAAAUGAAAAAAUAUUUAUCGUAUCUGGAUGGAUGGAUGCAUAGUUACCUAAUUUGGGACACUUGAUAACAUUCCUGAAACAUUUCAAAUAGAUAAACACAUCUUUGUAUUUUGAAACAACCAGUGAGAAGAAUGUAAUUUCCGGGUGUGAGAUAAGCGCAUUUCUUUUUACAUAGAAGUUAACGUUCUUAUUUCUUGUUCUGCUAAGUUGACCGUACUGCAUCUCGUCUUUAGUCCACUUCAAGACCCAACAUGGGGGACUUUGAAGUGCGAGCGACAUCCAUUUUGGAGCAAAUGGCGAACAGGGCUGUGAUCGAAAUGAGCAAAGUGAUCUUUGAAAGCAAAACGACGCAAGAAAUGUCGCUGAGCGAGGACAACACUCCAGUUGCAUUGACAGAUAACUUAAUCCAUCAAGCCAACACCUUCAUGACGUCUCUGGCUCAAGAGGCUGCCGACAAUAUCUGCCAGCUAUUCCAUGAAUGUUCAUCUCUGCUGCACUUGCAAGUUAUGCAAGGGGAAGCCCAGCUAGAGGACCUGAAGAAAAAGCUGGAAGUAGCGGAAACAGCGCUGGAUAUGGUGCUGAGAAGCGCUCACGCCACUGUAGAGAAAGAGGAAGUACAUGUCCAGGAAGCAGAUGGACAAGUCGGCACGUCCGAAGGAGACACGCAUAGCUCAGAUAUGUCUGGGGAUGUCAAGAACUCUGCCAUCAUUUACCUAACCGACAAGGACAGCAUGCAACCAGCGCUGAAGCAGGACAGCUUUAUUGACCAGAAGUCAUGUGGGUCCAAUCAGCAGGGAGACCCUGAUGACGAUGAGCCAGACCAUCAGGAGACGGAAGACGUCAGUGACGCCAGCCACAGAAAAGGGACCAAACCUGAUGUUCCGGCCAGCAAACGGAGCGGCAGCAACUUCAGCAACAGAGUCCGCCACACAGCGCUCAAGAACUUCUCAUGUUCACUCUGCGGACGCACUUUUGCCCUCCAGCGCAGCCUCAAUGUGCACAUGCGGCAGCACACGGGUGAGCGUGCUCACACGUGUGAUGUGUGUGGUCAGGGUUUCACACUCAAGCAGAUCCUGCUGGACCACCUUCGAAUGCACAAUGAGGAGCGACCUUUUAAGUGCACACAGUGUGACAAGAGCUUCUACCAAGCGCAAGGCCUGAAGAUGCAUCAGCGCUUGCAUGUGGUGCGCCGCGACCGCGUCCAUCGCUGCCACUAUUGCAAGAAGGCCUUCAAGGUCCUCGGCAGCCUGCGGCGCCACCUGCUCAUCCACACGGGCGAGAAGCCCUUCAGAUGUGACACGUGCGGGAAGAGCUUCAACCAGGCCAGCACGCUCAAGAGCCACCACAGGAUCCACACGGGGGAGCGGCCAUUCGCCUGCUUAAGCUGCGGGAAGACUUUCAUCCAGAAGAGCACCCUGGAGACACACACAGACGCCUCCUCGCUGGUGUGCGUGGUUUGCGGCGGCGUGGCGGACUGUGUGGAGGUAAUGCGCGACCACCUACAAACGCACGCUGAAGCCUUGCCAUGCGUCUGCAUGCUGUGCGGCCAUCGGCUCACCACGGCAGCGGAGUUGCGCCCGCACCAGCAGCACCACCAUUCGACGGGAGGUGAACACGGCUGCAGCAUCUGCGGGAAGACAUUCAAGUCAGCAAGCUACUUGAAGAUACACUACAAAAUACACAUUGGAAUCAAGUCCUUCUCCUGCGACAUCUGCUUUCGCACCUUUUCGCAGAAAAGCAGCCUCAAGACGCACAAGGUGUUGCACACGGGCGAGAAGCCGUUCGCCUGCAACAUGUGCAACAAGCGCUUCGGCAACCUGGGCAACCUGACACGACACCGCCGCAUCCACACAGGCGAGAAGCCAUACAUCUGCGAUGUAUGUGGCCGCUGCUUCAACCAGAGCAGCAGCCUCAAGGCCCACCAGCAGGUCCACACAGGCCACAAGAAAUUCAUAUGUGACCGUUGCGGCAAGCGCUUCGCCUACAGGAGGAACCUCCAAAACCACAAGUGCCUCUACUAAUGACUGGCCUGAAUGGUUUAACUGAACUUGAUGGUUGAAUGGCAGCUUGCACUGAAGGAAUAUAUUCUUUAGUUGUCAUAUUUACAGUAAGGUAGUGAAAUGGCGCAGAGGCUCUGUGGUACUGGAAAAAGUCUUGAACCUUACCGCACAGCGCAUGUCACUGACCUUAUGUGGAAAUGUGUGGUAGUAAGUUAAUACAUUUCCUGGAAUCCUUGAAUUAGGGUAUAGUCAUGAUUAAGUUACAUUAAUAUUGUGUGACGGGCUUUGGAAAAAUUGCUCUUUGUCUAUGUGUGCCCUGCGAUUGGCUGGCAACUAGUUCAGGUGUACCCCGCCUACUGCCCAUAGACUGCUGGGAUGGGCUCCAGUACGCCCGCGAUCCUCGUGAGAGUGAUUCCCUUCUCUAAUUUCAAUUGAACUGUAGAUGGCAGUAGUAUGCAAACAAAUGCAGUUUAGUUCCAAUGUUUCCCAAUCUUGAUGGAGCUCAGUCAUUUAUUUCACGUUCAAAUAAACGGCACCCAUUAUUUGUAGUUUGUAGAUUUAUCUUUGGAACAAGUGAAAUGGGGCAGUAGAGUGUUUGGGAAUUCCUAGUGUAAGCCACUACCAACUCCAACCAAAUCAGCUUUUGCAAAGACUUUUUUUAAAUGCAUCUCACCAGAUUGUGCAGGCAAUGUAAUGACUACAAAGUAGAUGCGUUUGGUCUUUGUGUCUCAAAACAGCUGUUUUAAAAUACAUUUUACAUGGAGCUCACCUCUUCCUGAUAUAAAAUCCAUUCGCUGUUAAAAUAAAUUUGUUUUGCUUCAUGGCAA